UUCACCUCCCGGUAAUAACAAUCCGUGAAAACAUUCGGUCAACAAAAUGGCGUCAAGGUUGUGGAGAUCCUUGCGACCUAUCGCAACAACUUUGAUACGGAAUCAUGCCAUCUCCCGACCAGCGGUUGUAGCAUCUUCACGAUGGAUGAGUAGUGACGUCAAAGAAACAAGUCCUACGAUACGUCCGACAAACGCUGUGGUUCAGCAACACUUGAAGGACUUCGGUCAGUGUGUUGCUGAAUGUAUUCCCAAGUAUGUCCAGCGAGUGGAAGUGACCAACGGGGAUGAGCUGGACAUCAUGAUCCACCCGGAAGGGGUUAUCCCUGUCCUCACCUUCCUCCGGGACCACACCAACGCACAGUACCUAAACAUCGCAGACGUUGCUGGCAUGGACGUUCCCACGAGAGAGUACAGGUUCGAGAUUAUAUAUAACUUGCUGUCACUCCGUUACAAUUCCCGUGUGAGAGUGAAGACCUACACAGAUGAACUGUCCCCACUCGACUCCUCUUACGAGGUGUACAAAGGCUCAGACUGGUAUGAGAGAGAGAUCUGGGAUAUGUUUGGUGUGUUUUUCGCCAACCAUCCUGACCUGAGACGUAUCCUCACCGACUAUGGUUUUGAAGGCCAUCCUUUCAGAAAGGACUUCCCCCUUUCAGGCUAUGUAGAGGUACGUUACGAUGAUGAAGCAAAGCGUGUGGUCAUCGAACCUAUUGAGAUGGCCCAGGAAUUUAGGAAGUUUGAAUACGCCACCCCCUGGGAGACCUUUGGACCAUUCAACAAGGCCAACAAGGAAGAAGUUCCCAUCAAAGAAGCCCCAGCACCAGAGAAGUGAGACGUUUUCUGUAGUAGGAAAUCUGCUCUAUGUAAAUAUGUGUGUCCAGUUCUAGUGGUCAAAGUUUCAUUCACACUGGUUUCAUCCAUGAGAGGCUUCAUAGAUGAGAUGCCUGUUGUUUAGGAUGUACAUAAACAAAACGUGAAUUAAACAUCUUAACACUG